AAAUUAUAUUUUUAUAGAAUUAAGUAUAGAGAUGAUUAGGUAGCUAGUGACGAUUUCUAUCAUGUUCAUACAUAUAUAUACAUACAUAUGUAUGCAUCGAUCACUUAUUUCAUUGAAAGUAUUAGUCAAUAAGUGAUAUCAAUUAAAUUAAGUAACCCAACCAGGCAGAUCGACCAUAUUACAAUUUAUAACAAUACAAUGUUGGCUUUUUCUCCUCCUCCUCCUCCUUUGUUUUCAACCAAUAAGCCCAAUAACAUUGUGGGAUGGCCUUUCGAUGAUCUAACACGCUUUGAAGACCAAAACUACUUGUUUUCAGACUAUGAUCAAUACCCUCUCUUAUUUCUCAAUACUUAUAACCUCCACACUUUACCACCUCCGUCCGAUCAACAUAAUAAUCACAAUCAUCAACGGUUGGAAGUUGAUCGCUCCGCUACGCCAUCCUCAUCCACGGCCACUGCCAUUAAUAGUGAUCUGACUAUGGUGGAGAAGAAGCUUAAUCAUAAUGCUAGUGAGCGUGAUCGAAGAAAGAAAGUCAACCAUAUGUAUUCUGCUCUUCGUUCCCUACUUCCACCUUCAGAUCAUACGAAAAAAUUGAGCAUUCCGGCCACAGUGUCUCGUGUGCUAAAAUACGUACCAGAGCUACAGGAAGAAGUGGAGAGUCUAGUUCUUAAAAAGGAAGAGCUAUUGUCAAAAAUGAAUUCAAUGCAGCAAGGGAAAACAAUUACUGCUAAUCAAGAGAUUAAGAAAGUAAAAAGCAUAGCUCCAAACUCAUUAUCCUCUAUUUCUGCAACUCAACUCAGUGAGAAAGAAAUUGCUGUUCAAAUAUUGUCUUAUAAAGCCGACAACGACCUCUUGUCUGAAAUGUUGCAUAAUUAUGAAAAUGAAGGCCUUUCAUUACUCCAUGCCUCUUCAUUUGAGUCCAUUGGAGGAAGGCUCUUCCAUAAUUUACAUCUUCAGGCUGAGGUAUCAUAUUGUAUGGAAAGUGGGACUACCAUAGAUGCCAAUCUUUUAUCUCUUCAUGGCAAUAAGGAGAAGUUAUUGGUUGUGCAAUAACUCUUCUAGACUUUGGAUAAGUAUGUAAACUGAAGGGGAUCUCUGUAUCAUAUGUAGUCUUUUAGUUUGUUAAGUUUUGUUAAUUAGAAGCUGUUAAAAAUUAAAGUGGUUGUUUUAGUUAUCUAACUAUAUAUAUACCCGUGUAUUGAUCUUCUCCUAUAUAAAUAACAGGAGUGUUAAUCACUCUAUUUUACACUCUC